GUGUCGAUGUACCGUUGUCCGUACUGUCUCCUGUUCCAGGAUCAAACAUGAGCUCGAUAGUGAACUCGCUGGCGGCAGACGUCAUCUCGGGAACGGCCAUCGCUGCUGCUGGUACGCAGGUGGCCUGGUUCAUUCCAAUGCUGGUGGCCGCGAUAGCGUACUUUCAAUACGACCAGACCGAUCCUGAAGGAAGACCUACUGACGUGGGGGACGAAUUUAUGCUACCGGAGUACGAUUUUAUUAUUGUCGGAGCCGGCUCUGCUGGUGCAGUAGUGGCAAAUCGGCUAUCAGAAAUCAGUCAUUGGAAGAUACUACUUCUGGAAGCUGGAGGUGACGAAACGGAGAUCUCUGACGUACCUCUGCUCGCCGGCUACCUACAGCUCAGCAAGCUAGACUGGAAGUAUAAGACUGAACCGCAAGGGACCAGCUGCUUAGCUAUGGAGGGUGGUCGAUGCAACUGGCCACGUGGCAAAGUCCUAGGCGGCAGUUCUGUCCUCAACUACAUGCUGUAUCUUCGAGGCAAUAAGAAGGACUACAACAAUUGGGAAUCUCUAGGCAACAAGGGCUGGGGCUACAAAGAUAUCCUGUACUACUUUAAAAAAUCUGAAGACAAUCAUAACCCGUACUUGGCGCAAACUCCAUAUCACAGUACAGGGGGAUAUUUGACAGUAGCUGAAGCACCUUACCAUACACCUCUAGUUUCCAGUUUCAUUGAAGCGGGUUUAGAGCUUGGGUACACGAAUAGAGACAUAAAUGGAGAGAAUCAAACUGGAUUUAUGGUCGCCCAAGGGACUUUGAGACGUGGUAGUCGAUGUUCCACUUCUAAGGCGUUUUUGAGACCUGCAAAAGACAGGAAGAAUCUACAUAUAGCCAAGCAUUCCCAUGUCACUAAAGUGAUGAUCGACCCUCGGACUAAAAUUGCUUUCGGUGUCGAGUUUGUGAGGAAUAAAAUGGUAUAUCGUAUCCGCGCUCGUAAAGAAGUCAUUUUAUCAGCAGGUACCAUUAAUUCAGCCCAGAUAUUAAUGUUGUCUGGUAUAGGACCGGCGGAUGAAUUGACAAAGCAUAGAAUCCCAGUGAUACAGAAUUUAAAAGUUGGACAAAAUCUACAAGAUCACAUAGGUUUGGGAGGAUUGGCGUUUAUGGUCAAUAAAGAAAUUUCUAUAGUAGAACAUCGACUACAUACAGUAAGCACUUUGAUGGAAUACGCCGUGUUAGGAGAAGGGCCUUUGACAAUAAUGGGAGGAGUGGAAGGUCUUGCAUUUGUUAAUACAAAAUACGCGAAUGCUUCUGAAGAUUUUCCCGACAUUGAAUUCCAUUUCAUAUCUGGUUCCACAAAUUCUGACGGAGGCGAACAGCUACGAAAAGUCCACGGUCUGAUGGACACAUUUUACGACGCUGUGUUUAGACCUAUAGACAAUAUGGAUGUUUGGAGUAUUAUACCAAUGCUUUUGCGUCCUAAAAGCAAGGGCUUCAUCCAGUUACGAAGUGCGAAUCCUUACGACUAUCCUUACAUUUAUCCGAAUUAUUUGAUGGAUGAGAUGGAUGUGAAAACUCUAGUCGAAGGAGUGAAGAUAGCCGUUGCUGUAUCAAGAACGAAAGCUUUUCAGCGUCAUGGGUCUGUAUUAAACAAGCACGUUUUCCCUGCUUGUGUGAGUGUACAAAGAUAUACAGACGCAUAUUGGGAAUGCAUGAUACGCCAGUACACUUGUACCAUUUACCAUCCUGUGGGAACAGCAAAGAUGGGACCAUACUGGGACCCUGAUGCAGUUGUUGACCCUCAAUUGAGAGUGUACGGAGUGAAAGGGUUGCGUGUGAUAGAUGGCAGUAUAAUGCCUAAUCUAGUAAGUGGCAACACGAACGCUCCUAUAAUCAUGAUAGGGGAGAAAGGUAGUGAUAUGAUUAAGGAGUUUUGGCUGAAUAGGAGAGUAUCCAGAUAUUACGCCUGAUGGUGAUGUACAAAAGAGAGUCCGUAUCAGUAUUAAUGUCUCAUACGAGGAUUAAAAGCUGAAACUGAAUGUUAAGUGAAUUGAACUUUGAAAGUCAGUCAUUUUCAGCAAUAUUUAGUGGGGGGCACACAAAGUUCCGAAGUGAUAUUUUUUUCUCGAGCUCGUUUAUUUCCUGAUUAUACUAUGUUGAAUUAAAAAUUACCCUGGAAAGGCAGUGCAUUUUAUAAAUAAAGAUUCAUCGGGUCUUUAUAAAAUAAUAAAUAGGACUUUUUAAAAAGGUAACUGUGCUCAUGAAAAUAUACAAUUUUUGCUAUUUAAAUAUUUAAAACAAAAUCUGCUAGUCCAUGCAUUUUGGUCAUAUAAGUAUAUUUCUUUUUCGCUUUGUGUGUCCCAUAAUCAAAGUUGUUUCUUUUUAGACGAACAAUUGGACGUAGUUACACAAAAAUGAUCCAAUGCACAUCCAGUCACUUUCGAGAUAUGGCAGUUUGAAGUUUAAAAAUGUUUCACUCAUGUUUUAUUUCAAAAUUUACAAAUAUCA